ACUUCGGACCGACUCUCUCGGAGGUUAGGGUAGGGCAGGCGCCGUCACCAGCCUCUAGUCUUCCGGUGUAUGGGUGGCUGCGCCGACUUCCUCCGAAGUCUGAGGAUACGCCCUCUCGAGUGCCAGCUGUCGCCACCGUUUCAGCAUCGAACCCCUCAGAGUUGCUCCGGGCAACUCUAGCCCAACACUCUCUCGCUCUGGUUCUCGCCCCCUUGAGAACUCGGCCCUACACAACCCCCUUUUCUGGUUGUGCUGUUCCCUCCCACCCCCUCUAAAAUGUCCAAUAAUCUACAGAGGGUCUUCCUGAAACCCGCAGAGGAAAAUAAAGGCAACGCCUCGCAUUGUGUUUCAGGCUGCAUAUACCAAGUAGUUCAGACGAUUGGCUCGGAUGGAAAAAAUCUUCUGCAAUUACUUCCAAUUCCUAAUUCCUCUGGAAAUCUUAUACCACUAGUUCAAUCUUCAGUCAUGUCUGAUGCUUUGAAAGGGAACACAGGAAGCCCAGUUCAUGUUACUUUUCAGACUCAGAUUUCCAGCUCUUCCACAAGUACUUCAGUUCAAUUGCCUGUUUUUCAGCCAGCCAAUUCUACAAACUAUUUUCUUUCAAGAACAGUAGAUACAUCAGAAAAAGUUAGAGUUACUUCUGUGGGAACUGAAAAUUUUACCUCAUCAGUUUCUAAAGUUCAGAGUCAUGGUGUGAAAAUUGAUGGACUCACCAUGCAAACAUUUGCUGUUCCUCCUUCCUCAACACAAAAUGAUUCAUCUUAUAUUUUAGUAAAUACUCAGAGUCUUCCAAUGACUGUCAAGUCUCCAGUGUUGCCUUCUGGGCAUCAUUUACAGAUUCCAGCCCAUGCUGAAGUGAAAUCUGUACCAGCGUCAUCGUUGCCUCCUUCAGUUCAGCAAAAGAUUCUUGCAGCUGCAGCCACAAGUACUUCAGGAACAGUGGAGGCCUCCCAGAUACCUACUGUUAUUUAUGUAUCUCCUGUAAAAACAGUGAAAAAUGUAGUUACCAAGAACUUUCAAAACAUUUACCCAAAACCUGUUACAGAAGUAGCAAAUCCAGUGAUACUAAGUACCACACAAAUUCCAGUGAAUGUUGCUACAGAGGCAAAAAGUGGCCAGCAUUCUCAAGCUGCUCCAGUGAAAUGGAUUUUUCAAGAAACCCUCCAGCCUUGUACUCCAUCACUUGUUCCUGUUAAGUCUUCAAAUAAUGUGGCUUCAAAGAUUUUAAAAACAUUUGUAGAUAGGAAAAAUUUGGGAGACAACACUGUAAAUAUGCCACCAUUGAGUACCAUCAGUGCUAGUGGGACGCAAUCCAAAAGUAUACCUAUUAAAGAUAAUGCUUUGGUUAUGUUCAAUGGGAAAGUCUAUCUGUUGGCUAAAAAGGGGUCGGAUGUUUUGCCGUCACAAAUUGACCAACAGAAUUCUGUUUCUCCUGAUACUCCACCAAGAAAAGACACAUCACAGAUAGUGAGUUCAAGUCCAGUCACAGACAUAUCCAGAGAGGUUGUAAACAUUGUCUUGGCAAAAAGUAAAUCUUCCCAGAUGGAGACAAAAUCACUUUCAAAUAUCCAACUUGCUUCCAUGGCCAGUCUAACGUCAGAGAAGAAUAAAAAGGUGGAGCAACCAUCUCUUUCUACCCUAAACCCACAUAAUAUGAACCAAUCCAUUAACUACUUAAAACCAUGUAAGACUUCAUUCACAAACCCAGUCUUUCCAGAUGGAUUUAGUACAGGAGAAAAUACCCCCAGAAAAGGAAAUAUCCAGAGCAUAGAGAAAAUAAGUUCCUCUAUUGAUGCAAGAGCUGUUACUUCACAGCAGGGUGUUUUCAGAGACCAAGAACCAAAGAUCCAGAAUGAAAUGGCAUCAACGUUAAAAAAAGAUACUCAAGAAAGAAAUGAUAUGAAGGAUACUCAAGAAGUGGGUAAUAAGGCACUAUGUCUGAAGAAUGAUGCUGAAUUUAAAAAGAUAUUUGGGCUCACUAAAGAUUUGAGAGUGUGCCUUACUCGAAUUCCUGACCAUUUGAACUCUGGAAAAAGUUUUGAUGCCUUUACCAGUUUGGUGAAGGGUGAUACUUACAAAAAGACAGAGGUGAUGGUGAAGAAGGCAGAGAGAAAACAGGGUGUUGAUAAAAAAAGAAAACCAAAAACUGUUAAGAAGAUGGAUUAUGCAAAAAAGAGAAAAACCGAGAGUGCUUGUAACACAGGUGUAAAUGGAGAAACCAGUGUCACCAGUUCCCAACUCCGAAGCAGUAUUUUACCGACUUCGGAGGUGUCACAACGUAACAGUCUCACAAGCCACAAGAAAAGCAGAGAAGAAAAGAGAACUGAUAUAGAACAUUAUAUUCAUGAUAACCAGGAGAAAGGCACACUGAGUUCAAAUGCAAGUUUUGAACAAAGUCAUUCCUUUAAUAAAAAUUAUACCGAGGAUGUUUUUCCCAUGACACCACCAGAGUUAGAAGAAACCAUUCGAGAUGAGAAAAUAAGAAGACUUAAGCAGGUGCUGAGAGAGAAGGAAGCAGCUCUUGAAGAAAUACGUAAGAAGAUGCACCAAAAAUAAUAAAAUAUAGCUAAGCUUAAAGACUUCAUUGAAAUACCUGGUUUUUUCCAUAUACUUUUGUACUAAGUUAAUUAUAGAUACAUCCUGAAAAUGUUUUUGAAUAUGCAGUUUGUUUUUCAUCAGUGAAUUAUAAAAUUUUAUGUAAGGGAUACAGAAAAGAUUGAUUGACAUAUGACUCCUGUGAAUAAUCUACAUGGGAUAUCUGACUUAGAUACAUUUUUUGGAAGGAAAAAAAUUUGUAUUUUUCAAUUAUUUUAAUUAGAAUUCUCCAAUUUGAAUAUUUUUGCAGGGUUUUUGUUAUUGUUGUUUGUAUCUUUAAUAGUUAAAUUGCUCAGGUGUUAACUCCAACAAUACAUAAUUAUUGUAUAUUAUUGACUUUCUGUAAUCCUGGAGAGGAAACCAGCUCUAAACUUUGCCAAUGGGCUUGUAUAUGUACUUACUUGGUCUCUUUCCCAUAAAAUGAUGAUAGCUUCUACUGACUAUGUGUUAUAAUGUUUUUUAAAUUUCAUGAAAGAAAAUGUAUUACAGCAGCAUUAUUUAAAUAUUUCAAAUGUUUCUGAAGAAUGAAGAAUGUUUUUUAACUUACAAAGCAGUUUCAUAUAAUCCAAAACAGAUUUCAGAAUUCAGGCUAUAUGAUGUAUUGUUUUCUUAAAGUGAUGUUAUUAUUCCUAGGCAAAUACAUCUCUCUCUUUUGUUGAAUAUGUACACACUUUAUGUGGAGUAAAUGAAAAAUAGAUCUGCCAAGGCACAACAAUUGCUGUCUGUUCAGCUGGAGAAACAGAAGAAGGAGAGUCAGGAAUAGGAAGAGCCUGUCGAAUGUGUGGCUAAUUGCCUCUGUGAACAACUGCCUCCUUUGCCAGGAAACCAGAAGAACUAGAUGGUGCCUGGCUACCACUACUGAACAUUUUGAUCAAAGUUUCCGUAGAUGAAUCCUGAUCAAAAAGGGGGAAAUGCAGAACAAAAUUUCAGAUUCUCAUGGACUGUAGACUUUCUUGAGCCAUGGAGGGUGGAGGAAUCCCCGAAACUAUUGCCCUAAGAUAAUCUUUAAACCUUAAACCAAAAAUCUCCCCCGAAGUCAUCAGUUUGAUCCCAUAUAGACCACAGUAACUUGGAAGAUAGGAACCUUAGGGGGCAGGGAGUUUAUGUGAAGAGGGAGGAACAACCCAGAAAAGGAGGGUGAGAAUGGUUGCACGACUUGAAUGUAAUCAAUGUCACUAAAUUGUACAUGUAGAAACUGUUGAAUUGGUGUAUGUUUUGCUGUGUAUAUUCUCAACAACAACGAAAUAAAAUUUAAGGGAAAAAAAAAG